GGGGCAACUACGCGAACGGCCGGCGAAAACGCCUUUACAGAAACCCGCCUUCAUUAACGCGGGAGCUUUCCCAAAUCCCGAUUCGCGAAUGGUCAGUUAGCUAAGCCGGCGCCAGUCCAGUACCGGCGAUCCGUGCCGUCGCGCCGCCGCCGCCGCCUUCCCUCCGACGCGGUGACGCGCGCACCCAAAUGCCGCGCGGACACCACCACCCGCUCCCCCGCCGCGGCCGCCUCCUCCCACUUGCCGCCGGGGCGGCGGCCCUCCUGCUCCUCGCGCUGCUCAUCCUCCUCCCCGCAGCGCCGCCAGGGGGGCCAGCCGCGGCGCCCGCCUCGCUCCUCGGCGCGGCAGUCGCGGCACACCCGUCGCCGGCCUCCUACGCGCGGCCCUGCACCGACCACCUCGCCCUCUCCCUGCGCCGCCUCCGCUCCGCGCUCUCCUCCCUGGAGUCCGGCGACGUCGCCGCCGCUCUCCACCUCGCCUCGGCCUCCCUCCAGUGCCAGUACGAUUGCUCCCACCUCCUCUCCCUCCCAGCCUUCCGCUCCCACCUGCUCACGUCCCGCUUCCUCAAUUCCCUUGCCCCGAAAACCCUAACCGCUGCCCUUAAGCCUUCCUCCGCUUCCGCAGCCUUCCUGGCGAGGAUCCGCCCGGACGCAACCGUCUGCAAGCCAAAUCCAGCAGCGAGGCCGUGCGGCUACUCGACCGUGCAAGCCGCCGUCGACGCCGCGCCGAACUACACCGCUGGCCACUUUGUCAUCACCGUCGCCGCAGGUACAUACAAGGAAAAUGUCAUAAUUCCGUACGAGAAAACCAACAUUUUGCUGGUGGGGGAAGGCAUGGGGGCUACCGUGAUCACCGCAUCACGUAGCGUGGGGAUUGACGGGCUUGGGACUUAUGACACCGCGACGGUGGCCGUGAUUGGUGAUGGGUUCCGCGCGAGGGACAUAACAUUUGAGAACAGCGCGGGUGCUGGAGCUCAUCAGGCUGUGGCAUUCCGGUCAGAUAGUGACCGGUCAGUGCUGGAAAAUGUAGAGUUCUGUGGGCACCAGGAUACACUUUAUGCUCGCACAAUGCGGCAGUUCUAUCGUCAGUGCCAUAUCGUUGGGACGGUGGAUUUUAUAUUUGGGAAUGCUGCGGCAAUGUUUGAGGGAUGUGUGAUUAAGAGCGUGCCACGGGCAGAGGGAGCCCGGAAGAGUGCACGCAAUGUGGUAGCAGCAAAUGGGAGGAUUGAUCCUGGGCAAACGACAGGGUUUGUGUUUCGGAAUUGUACAGUGGAUGGGAACAAAGAUUUUGUGGAAUUGUUCCAGGCAAAGCCACAGUCAUACAGAGUGUAUUUGGGUCGGCCAUGGAAGGAGUAUGCAAGGACAGUAUAUGUUAGCUGUUAUUUGGGGACCGUUGUCAGGCCGGAGGGAUGGCUUCCUUGGCGAGGGGAUUUUGCACUCAGGACAUUGUAUUAUGGGGAGUUUGAUAGUCGAGGCCCUGGUGCAAACCGCACAGCAAGGGUUGAGUGGAGCAGUCAGACACCAGAACAGCAUGUGAAAUUUUAUUCAGUGGACAACUUUAUUCAGGGCCAUCAAUGGAUUGCGUACUAACUAUAGUGUGAAUUGAAUGCUUAGAUCAGUGACUCUUGGGGGCACUUUAACAGCACAAUGUGGAAAUUUGCUGGAACUGCAUAUACCUUCAGCCAUUAUCCUAAUAAUCUGGAGACACCUGUGUUUCUUGGUAGAAAAUAUGAACUGAUGUGGUUCGUUUUCUUUUUACCCACAGCUGUACCUUCUUUUUUGUAUAUGUUGUUAGAUUAAUGUUUUUUCUUCUAGUUUUCAGUUGCAAUUUUGUAAUUACAUAGCCCCUGUCAUAGAGUAAAGAAUAAAAAACGGGUUGGCUGCAGAAUAUGAUGUUUCUUUACUCUC